ACUAGCUUUUAGCAUUCGACACCGUUUUCUCCGUCGUUCACUUCCAUUGGGGAUUUGGGUUCAGUAGAAACGAACCCUAGAAAUGUAAUUGGUGGAACUGAAAGAAUCACGCACUGUAAUUGAAGAAGAACUUACUUCUCAACACUGGUAAUCAAAUCCUAAACUGUAUCAGUAGCUAAAUAUAUUGAAUAUGAGGUCGAAGAGACUGGAACUUAUAGAAGCUCAGCAGAAGCAGAAGAAGCUGUCAACGGCAAAACGAAGAGAAGCUCUCCAGAACCAGAGGCAGUCAAUAACGAAACCACGCUCUGCGUCUGUCAACAACAGCAGAUUGGUAAAUCAAGUUAUGACUGAUUUAGUGGAUGAAAUACUCAAUGCUGCUGCUAUUGAGAAGCAGAUGUCGUCUGCAAAAAAACCACACAAUGCCCCGGAGGAAAAUGAAAUUGGGAUUGAUGCGGUGGAUGGAAAACUUAACGAUGUUGCUCAGAGUUUGUCAGCUAAGAAACCAUGUUCCGCAUCUGCCAAAGGACGAAAGGCUAGAGAAAUUGCGACUGAUGCGGUGGAUGAGAAAGACAACACUAUAGCUCUUGAGAACCAGAGGUUGUCAGCAACGAAACAAUGUUCCGGGUUGGUCAGUGGCAGCAGGGAAAGUGAAACCGUGACUGGUGUAGUGGAUGAAAGACUCAAUAUCAAGAAGCGGAGAUUGUCAGCAACAGAACUCAACGACGCAGUGGGUGAGAAACUCAACGACGCUGCCCUUGAGAAGCAGAGGUCGUUGACAAAAAAACCGCGCAUUUCAUUCGUCAAUGGUGGAAGGGCAAAAGAAAUUGUGACAAAUGCAGUGGAUGAAGGAUUGAACGCUGUUGCUCUCAAGAAGCAGAGUCCGUCAACGACAAAACCACACGUUUCAUUUGUCAAUGGCCUAAGGGGAAAAGAAACUGUGACUGAUGCAGUGGAUAAAAGACCCGACGCUGUUGCUCUCGAGAAGCUGAGAUCUUCAACAACAAAAGCAUGUACUGCGGUGAGCAUUGCAGUGGAUCCAAGACCCAGCGUCGUUGCUCUCAAGAAGCAGAGGUCGUCAACAACAAUACCAUCUUCUGCAUCUGUCAAUGCAAACGAAAUUGUGACCGGUCCAGUAGAUGGAAGGCAGGAAGUUAUUGAUGACAUGCUUGAUGCUGAGAAAGAUAUCAGAGAUGAAGAUACUGACACAACUGGUACUUGGAGCGAUUUUGGAGAUGACGAUGCUGACAUACUUGAUGCAGAUGGAGACAGUGACGUGCAAAACGAGGAAGACCAAUCGUUACCCACCAACUCUCAUGAAGAUGCUGACAUGCUUGAUACGGAUGGAAAUGGUGACUUGCCAAUUGUGGAAGACCAGUUGUUACCCACCAACUCUGAGAACGUUGCAGGUUCCUCAAGCAAAAGGACAUGUGAAGAGGUCCAAAGCCAAGUAGCUGCCUCUCAUAGCGAGUCGAACAACACAAACUAUGCCGGUAAUAAUCGCCAAGGGAACACUUCUUGUCCAUCGGGUGGUUCAAUUCAUUUACUAGGUACCCCUCAACUGAUUAUAUUUGACAAAUUUGGGCGGCGUUCUGAUGUUGAGUCAGAAGAAUUUGCAAUGGAUAUUGCAAUGACAGUACGAGUGCAUUGUCGUCCUGCAAUUGGCUCUUGGUAUGACGUUCCAAACAUCGUCAAAAAGAAUAUAUGGAAAGAUGUUGCGGCUAGGUAUAUCAUACCUGGAAUUUAUAGACCUAAUGUUUUGUCCAAGGCUAACAAAGCUUGGAAAACUUGGAAGCAUCAGCUGCAAGUAGAGUUGGAUAAACAUGAGACUGUUGCGGAGAGAAAAAGAAAUAUCCCGUACCAGUUGAUUAGAAACAGAGAAGAUUGGGAAAGUUUUGUUGAUUUCUGCAAUACUGAUGAGGGUCAGAAACGUCGUACAGCAUCGGCGGCAAGUGUUGAGACGCUUCGCAAAGUACAGCGAGAAAACAAGAGUUUGCAGUCUGAUACCCAUUUACUCCGAACACCAUCUGGAUUACAAGCAGAAAAUCAUAUUUCUACUCCGUCAAAUCAAUCUGCGCCACACACAGAAAAUCGUACUUCUACAGCAACCAUUCAAUCCGCGCCACACACAGAAAAUCGUAAUUCUACAGCAUCCAUUCAAUCCACGUCACACAUACAAAAUCGUGCUUCUACACCAUCCAAUCAGUCUGCAUCACACAUACAACAUCGUGCUUCUACACCAUCCAAUCAGUCUCCAUUAAGCAUACAACAUCGUGCUUCUACGCCAUCCAAUCAGUCUGCAUCAUACAUACAAAAUUGUACUUCUACGCCAUUCAAUCAGUCUGCAUCACACAUACAACAUCGUGCUUCUUCACCAUCAAAUCAAUCUGCGUCACACAUGCAGAAUCGUGCUUCUUCACCAUCAAAUCAGUCUGCGUCACACAUGCAGAAUCGUGCUUCUUCACCAUCAAAUCAGUCUGCGUCACACAUGCAAAAGCGGGCUUCUACACCAUCAAAUCAAUCCGCGUCACAUAUGCAAAAUCGUGUCUCUACACCAUCAAAUCAAUCCGCGUCGCACAUGCAAAAUCGUGCCUCUACACCAUCAAAUCAAUCCGCGUCGCACAUGCAAAAUCGUGCCUCUACACCAUCAAAUCAAUCUGCGUCACACAUGCAAAAUCGUGCUUCCACACCGUCAAAUCAAUCUGCGUCACACAUGCAGAAUCGUACUUCUACACCUUCAAAGCAAUCUGCGUCUCAGUCACCUAGUACGGCCAGCUUGCCUGCUCGUUCACAUUUGACACCUCCUGCGUCCAACUUGGCUGCUCGUUCGCAUUUGACACCUCCUGCGUCCAACUUGCCUGCUCGUUCGCAUUUGACACCUCUUGUGUCCGACGUGCCUGCUCGUUUGCAUUUGACACCUCCUGCGUCCAACGUGCCUGCUCGGUCACAUUUGUCACCUCCUGCUUCCAACUUGCAUGCUCAUUCGCAUUUGACACCUCCUGCUUCCAACGUGCCUGCUCAUUCACAUUUGACACCUCCUGCUUCCAACUUGCCUGCUCAUUCACAUUUGUCACCUCCUGCUUCCAACUUGCCUGCUCAUUCACAUUUGUCACCUCCUGCUUCCAACUUGCCUGCUCGUUCGCAUUUGGCACCUCCUGCAUCCAACGUGCCUGCUCGUUCGCAUUUGGCACCUCCUGCGUCCAACUUGCCUGCUCGUCCACAUUUGCCACCUCCUGCAUCCAACUUGCCUUCUAGUUCAUGUUUCAUAAAAAACUUUAAAGGAAGAACCAUUGCUUUAGGUAGUAUCAACACUGCAGAUCCACCAACGCAACAUGUCUAUAGUUUAACUGUCGAAGACAUAUUUGACAGAGAUGCAGAAUUAUUUGAUAAAGACGGGAAGCUUGGAGAUAUUACGAUCGGUGGCGUGAUUAAUUGGCCAAAAGCAUGUGUUGAGUACAGCUUGCCUGCUAAUUCAUGUUUUAUACGGAACUUCAAAAGAAGAACCAUUGCUUUCGGUAGUAUAAACACUGCUGGUCCACCACAGGAACAUGUUUAUAGUAUAAUUGUGAAACAAAUAUUUGACAGAAAUGCGGAAUUAUUUGAUGCAGAUGGGAAGCUCGGAGACAUUAAGAUUGGUAACGUGAUUAAUUGGCCAAAAGCAUGUAUUAAGCCUUGUUGACAAUAAACAAUGCCUCUAUUUUUAUUUUCUUUUGAUUAUCAGAGUGUAACUAGUAUGUGUAGCCUUUGCAAAAUUGCAAGUGAUGUUUUUUGGUUGUAGUUUUAGAAGUUUGUGUAUAUUAGAUGUUGUCUGGACUCUGGACAAGA